GGCGAGCUUCGACCUUCGAGUUCGAGUUCGACUCUGCCGUCGACCUCGGCUGACUGCGAAGUAAGCUGCUGAAGGAGAACGAGCAGACGGCGGACGCUGAAGAGGCCAUGGCGGAAGUUGAGCAGCCGGCGGGCGAAUGGCGGCUGCGGGGCGGCCAAUACCUUGGCGAAAUCUCCGCUCUCUGCUUCCUCCACCUGCCCUCUCACUCUCCUGUCUCCUCUCUCCCGCUCCUCCUCUCCGGCUCUGGCUCGCAGAUGUUUGUGCACAGCAUUGAGUCCGGCGAGUUGAUUCGAUCAUUCCAUGUGUUCGAAGGGAUUCGUGUUCAUGGAAUCACUUGCAGCUCCUUUUGGUUCGCGGAAGGAUCCCCAAGCUCUGCUUUGGUUUAUAAUGUUGCUGUUUACGGGGAAAGGAGAGUGAAGCUGUUCAAUUUAACCAUCCGAGAAGAGGACAGCUUGUGCGUGGAGCUGAGGUUGCUCCAGUCGCUGCCGAAGUUCGGUCACUGGGUCCUGGACGUUUGCUUCUUGAAGGGUGAAGAUACGACUUCAGUUGACGAUAGCGGCCUUGUUGCUGUAGGAUGUAGUGACAAUACCCUAAGUCUGUGGGACGCCACUAAUUCGAGCAUGAUUCUCCAAGUUCAUUCUUCUGAGAGUUCCCUUCUGUAUUCAAUGCGUCUGUGGGGUGACAAUCUUGAAGAUCUUCGAAUUGCAUCUGGAACAAUCUAUAAUGAGAUCAUUGUUUGGAGAGUGGUCGCUCGUCCUGAUCCAUGGUCUUUGACUAGUCCCACGGGAGAAAGUAUUUCCAGAUAUGACCAGCACUAUUUUCCACCUUAUGAAGCUCUCCCCAUGUGUAGACUUGUCGGACAUGAAGGUUCAAUUUUUCGAAUAGCAUGGUCCUCUGAUGGGUCCAAAUUGGUCUCUGUUUCUGAUGAUCGUAGUGCGCGUAUAUGGCAAGUUCAUUCUGAAGCGAACUGUUCUGAUAAUAUUGGGCAAAUCAGCUUUCUUUUUGGCCACAAUGCUCGAGUUUGGGAUUGUGUCAUUUCUAAAAAUCUGAUCAUUACAGCCAGUGAAGAUUGCUCCUGUCGUUUGUGGGGGCUUGAUGGUAAACAGCUUAAGGUGAUCAAGGAACACAUAGGAAGGGGUAUAUGGAGAUGCCUAUUUGAUCCAAACUCAUCAGUCCUCAUUACUGGUGGUUUUGACUCUGGAAUUAAAGUGUAUCAGCUGAAUUCCCUUUUAGCUCAAGAUCCACAUCGGUGUUUUGGUGCACAUGCAGUCUCAGACAGGACCGAGCUUUUUGCUGUUCGUAUUCCCAAUUCAUCAGAAAGUUUGGGACUUAUGGACAGUAAAAGUGAAUAUGUGCGCGGCUUACGUUUUUCAAGUGAAGACACCCUUUAUGUUGCAACAAAUCGUGGUUAUCUUUACCACACUAAAUUGCCUAAAUUUGGUGAUGUGACAUGGACCCAACUUGCUCAUGUCAGUCCUGAGUUGCCUAUUGUUUGCAUUGAUCUGUUGUCCCAGAGUCCAUCUAUCAUUUCUGGUGGAAAUGAGGAUUGGCUUGCUACUGGCGAUGGAAAAGGCCGUGCAACAGUUGUUAAAGUUCUGAAUCAUGCAGAUUCUCCAAGAGUGGACUCCACUUUCUCUUGGUCAGCUGAGAAGGAUCGACAGCUUCUUGGAAUCUACUGGUGCAGAUCCUUGGGACAUAGGUUCAUCUUCACAGCUGACCCUACAGGAGUUAUAAAGCUCUGGAGGUUGGAUAUUGCCGUGUCAUUUGUUCCUUGUGAUACUGGGGAAAGUACCCAUGUAUCUCUAUUAGCAGAAUUUGCAUCUCAUCUUGGAAAUCGAAUUAUUUGUCUGGAUGCAUCACCUCAGGAAGAGGUGCUAAUUUGUGGAGAUCUUCGAGGAAACUUGGUCAUGUUUCCUCUCUUAAAGGACCAGUUACUGAACGUAUCUGUGGCAUCACAAGCAACGAUAUCUCCAAUGAACCAUUUCAAAGGAGCCCAUGGGAUAUCAACAGUGUCUAGUAUUACAGUUUCUGGAUGUAGUCCAAAUCACAUAGAGAUAUGCUCGACCGGAGCUGAUGGGUGUAUGUGCCAUCUGGAGUAUGACAGAAAUCUACAAAUUGUAAAAUUUGUAGGGAUGAAACAAGUGAAAGAACUGAGCUUGAUUGAAUCUGUUUCUGUGGAUAAAAAUCUUGGGAGCAGCGAGUAUGCAGCUGGAUUUGCAUCUACAGAUUUCAUAAUAUGGAACUUAGCGACUGAGACUAAGGUUCUGCAAGUCCCAUGUGGUGGAUGGAGGCGACCGCAUUCUUACUACUUUGGUGAUGUUCCUGAUACGAAGAACUGCUUUGCUUAUGUCAAGGAUGAGAUUAUUCAUAUUCAUCGACUUUGGAAAUCGGAAAGUGGGGAGAGUAUACUCCCUCGGAAUCUGCACCUGCAAUUCCAUGGGAGAGAACUGCAUUCCUUGUGCUUCAUGCGUCAAAAUCCCCAAGUUGAAGCAAACGAGAGAUCCAGUUGGCUUGUGACUGGUUGUGAGGAUGGAACAGUGAGACUGACUCGGUAUGAUCCAUUUGUAGAGAACUGGUCCUCAUCCAAAUUACUUGGCGAGCAUGUUGGUGGAUCGGCUGUUAGAUCAAUAUGCUGCGUGUCGAGGACUCACAGAGUCAACACAUUGGCGGGUGGCUACAAAGAGAAUCUGACCAAGAAUGUAGAAGCUUUCACAGAGGCUGGAGAUGAUCCAGUUUUGCUUAUUUCAGUCGGUGCUAAACGAGUUCUAACUUCUUGGCUGCUGAGAAAAUGGAAUCCACGUGAAGAGGAAUCACUUGUUGAUCAUCAACAACAGAAGAAGACUGAUAAUGGCUCAGCUGGAUCUUCUUCAAUGUCAUUCCAAUGGCUGUCCACUGAUAUGCCAGUCAGGAACUCAGUGCCACCCAAAAAAUCAGAAAAAAUUGAUAGAUUUGUCAAGGGAAGGAAAAAUGGGAGUACUGAAAAUGUGGAUGCUAAAGUGAAACUGCCUACGGAAGGAAGUCUUGGGGAUAAAUAUGAAGAUGACUGGAGAUAUCUUGCAGUCACCGCUUUUCUUGUAAAAUAUACUGGUUCUAGGUUAACAGUCUGCUUCACUGCUGUUGCUUGUUCAGAUGCCACUCUCACACUCAGAGCUCUUGUCUUGCCCUAUUGUUUGUGGUUUGAUGUUGCUAUGUUGGUCCCUCUGUCCUCGCCAGUCUUAUCUCUUCAACACGCCAUUGUUCCUGCGGCCUCCCUUCCAGGACAGAAAACGCCGAUGAGGAAUUUAUACGUUGUCAUUAGUGGAGCUACAGAUGGAAGUAUUGCCUUUUGGGAUCUGACUGGAAGCAUUGAAGCUUUUAUGGAUAGGCUCUCUACUCUCCAUUUGGAAAAUCUGAUUGACUGCCAAAAACGCCCUCGAACAGGGCGGGGAAGCCAGGGAGGAAGAUGGUGGAGAUCUCUGAAUUCUCGAUUUCCCAAGAAAGCACCCAGAAAAGAUUCUGAGACUGCCAAAUCUCAAGAAGCAGCUAAUGGAAAUGUGUUGGAUGAUGCUUCUUGUCGUUCAUCUUUAUUUGAUGAUUCCAGUUGCUGUACAUCUGAAGCAAGUAAAGCUGAAUCCCCCAAGUUGGAAAAGAAAUCAGCAGAUAAUUCCGUUGUUGAGAUCUCUGAAAUAAGUCCAUUGUACAUUCUCAACAGCGUUCAUCAAUCUGGCGUUAAUUGUCUGCAUGUGUCGGAGGCAAAACAUGGUCAAUGUUCUGAUGGUGGUUCCAUGUACUGUAUUGUAAGUGGGGGGGAUGACCAAGCACUUCAUUGCCUUACAUUUGAGGUCUUACCUCAAUCUUCAACCCCAGAUCCAGAGAUUUCAACCGUUAAAUAUGAAUAUUCGCAUGAUUUUCUUCCUCAUGGAAAGCAUUGUGUGAUCAAAUUAAUCUGUCGGGACAAUAUUGCCUCGGGCCACAGCUCUGCUGUAAAAGGUGUUUGGACUGAUGGCACUUGGGUGCUUUCUACUGGUCUCGAUCAGCGCGUUCGAUGCUGGAUCCUCAGUGAAACUGGUAAAGUAACAGAGCAUUCUCAUCUGAUCAUUAGUGUUCCAGAGCCUGAAGCUUUGGAUGUGAGAGCUUGUGGUCGGGACAGGUAUCAGAUAGCAGUAGCUGGGAGAGGGAUGCAAAUGAUUGACUUCUCGGCCGAGAUGCAGAAAACAGAAUGAAGGUUUUGUCUCAACUCCAAUUCUUUUUCAGUCUCAUUCGAUUUUGAAGGAGAACCCUUUGUUAUCUUCCAUCAGAUGUUUCCCCGACUGAGAUUGAAACUGUAUACUGAAUAGCAAAUGUCGGACUAUAUCUUGUAAGAGUUGAACAAAACCAGUUCAUAUUAAGAGUUUCUCAUUUUAUCA